AUGAAUUCAUCCAUAUCUAAGGGAGACUGCACAGUAACUGGAGAUGAUUAUUACAGCUGUAAAUGUGCUGACGGAUAUUACGGAGAAACUUGUGAAAAAGGGCUUCCUUGUGUACCUGGCAAAAAGACGGACGAUCCUCAAGGCUGUUGCUGGGUUUUUCCUUUUGAGUAUGGAGGAGUAACUUACCAAUCUUGUACCAACGGAUGGUGUUCAUUUGACGAAGUUUACCAGGGAAACUGGGCUAACUGCGUGAAUCCGUGCACAAACAACCCUUGCCAAAAUGGGGGAGACUGCACAGUAACUGGAGAUGAUUCUUACAGCUGUAAAUGUCCCGACGGAUAUUAUGGAGAAUCUUGUGAAAAAGCCUCAGUGAGCCCCUGCAAAUCACAUCCCUGUAAAAAUGGUGGAACAUGCGCAAUGACGGGUCUUGAUUCAUUCUCAUGCAAAUGUACCGAUGAAUUUGAAGGAGACACCUGCGAAAAGCGGCUCCCUUGUCCACCUGGCAAAAAGACGGACGAUCCUCAAGGCCGUUGCUGUGUUUUUCCUUUCGAGUAUGGAGGAAUAACUUACCAAUCUUGUACCAAGGUAGCUCAUCACAGAUUGUGGUGUUCAUUUGACAAAGUUUACAAAGGACAAUGGGCUUACUGCGUUGAUGAAUGUGAGUCAUCUCCUUGUAAGAAUGGAGCCAGUUGUAAGAUUACUCAAGAUGGUUACAGUUGUCAGCCAUGUCCUGCAGGAUGGGAUGGGAAAAACUGUGAUGAAGUCGCGUGGAAAUCUGAAGGAUGUUUCAAAGAGCACAAGAGGAAAGCGAAAAUGGUUCUCGGACGUAAAAUCGCCACCGUCCCUGGAAAGAAACUAAGCAUUCAGGAGAUAUUUGAUAAGUGCAAAAUUGCAGCGGAAAAGAAAGGUUUCAAGAUUUUUGGUAUUCGAAACAGGAACAGGUGUUUCUCAACAAGUGAUGGAAGAGUGCAGGAGUUUAAAAAGUAUGGAGUAUCAUCCAAAUGCAAGAUAGAUGACAACGGUCUUGGUGUUGGAAUGAAACUCGCCAACUUUGUCUACACCAGGCUGUAAAGAUAGACUCAAUGCAGAAAUGCAGCAAUGCACAAAAUGGAUUGGAUGGAAUUUGAAGUUCUACCUGAGUAAAUUGAAAAUCUUGUUGGGUUAAGGGUUUUAAUUCAUUAAAGGGUUAAUCUGAACUUAAUAAAAAACGCGGCACAAAUGGG